AUGUCUCACCUCGUCUCUCAGGGACAGCCGCUUAGGGUGGCUUGGUCGGGUCCGGUUGCGACGCUUCCGCUGGAAUUGCAGUCGGUCAGCCAGUGGACCAGCCUCUACAGCAACGCCCUUCACCACAAUUGCUUUGGCGACGCUCCAAUUGCACAUCCGUACACCGCAAGUAUAUCUGCCGCAAAGAAGAGCGCCGCUGCCAGCUUUUACGAGCAGCUCCAUACCGUCUUGCUGCGAGGGAGUCAGACCUCGCUCACAAGCACUGGCAGCGCGCGUUCUGAUGUCUCUCACACAACGGAAGAGGUUAAGGCGGAAAACGCCUCCGAGACGCUGCUCAAACUGUUGAUUGCUUUGUUCGUGCACGAAGAAAAGCAGGAUUCGAUCGAUGGGCGCUUAGUCUUCAAGCUGCGGGACGAUCGACUGAGCGGAAACGUCUCUUUUUCCGGAAGGUCAGCUGCAGUGAUCAACAACGGAUACAUCAAUCUUCGGCGGCAGCGACAUACUCGGAAAUUCUACGAUGUCGGGGGCCUGAUCGUUGCCUUUCUUGAGGCCAAGCGUCUGGAGCAUAGGAUGACGGAAGAACGGUUGUUUGCCCAACUUACUGGAGAAAGUCUGUGGACGGCGCAGGAAAACUUUACUGGGAAUCGAAAUCGAGGCGACCAGGAGGUUUUCGGCCUCGGAAUUCACCACCGACACGCCCACAUUACCCACGCUUUCUACCCGGCGCAAUAUCUGGAGAACGUACUAAAUAACCAACCGUUGGGAGCACAGCAGGUCGAACUCAGGAAGAGUAUCGGCUUCGACCUGGCAAUUCCCCGCGAGCGACUUGAAUAUGAUGCCAAAACGGACGUUACGACGGGCGCGUCGAAAUUGACGGCAUUUGGGCUACUACCUAGGCGGUCAUCAGAGAAGCGCUUCCCCCUGGACGCAGUCGAUGGUUGCAAGGAUUUUAACUGCGUCCAGGGAGAAGCAGUGGAUGAUGUGGAUGAGGGAGUUAUGGAAUUUGUCAAGGGCAGGGUGCAGGGAUUGAGAGCUGGAUUGAGAGGAUUGUGGGGAUGUGGCAGUGUUGGGCGGUAUCACAGUGCACCCCCCUCGAAGCCAGACGACACUUCGUGUGAUGUAACCCGGAUGCUCUUUGAUACCCCCAGUUCUUGUUCGUACCACGGGGUACUGAACGAAGUCCCGCAACAAGCCGUCAAUCUUGACAUCCUCAAACAGUACCACAUCGCGGCCAUCAAGCCCCAGAUAGAUCUCAAGUUUGACAAGAGUGCCAACCUUCCUUACACUCGGGGAGGCCGUGUAUGCUGGCCAUCAUUCUGGUCUACUGUAAGGGAGGAUACGCCUAUGCCAUCGAUACCGAUGAGAAAGUGUGGAGAGAACCGCGGCUGGCGUCUGUGCGAGGGCGAUCUUACUUUCGCGAAGACGGCUACAAUCGGCACAUUCGCAGAUGAGGCGACCUUCCGCAGCGUACGUGGUGGUCUCCCAGAAUAUGAUGAGUUUCCUCGGAUUUCUGCAACAAUGUUUCCCGCAACCAAACUCUUCCCUAUUCGGGCGAGAUUCGUUGCCGCAUAA